AUGGAAGCCGCAGAUGCCUCCAGGAGCAAUGGGUCGAGCCCUGAAGCUAGGGACGCCCGCAGCCCGUCGGGCCCCAACGGCAGCCUGGAGAACGGCCCCAAGGUCGACGGCAAGGAGACCAAGACCGCCAACGGGCAUGGGCACGGAGGGGAGGUGGCCGAGGGCAAGAGCCUGGGCAGCGCCCUGAAGGGGGAGGGCAAGAGCGCCCUGUUCUCCGGCAACGAGUGGCGGCGGCCCAUCAUUCAGUUCGUGGAGUCGGUGGAUGACAAGGGUUCCAACUACUUCAGCAUGGACUCUGCGGAAGGCAGGAGGUCGCCCUAUGCGGGGCUCCAGCUGGGGGCCGCCAAGAAGCCGCCCGUCACCUUUUCGGAGAAGAAGUCCAUCUUCUCGGAGCCCCGGAAGCCCUCCGUGUCCAUCGUGGAGCCCGGGGACGUCCGCAGGAACAGCUACCCGCGGGCCGACGGCAGCCUCCUGCGCUCCAAGGCGGGCUCCGAGGAGGUGCUGUGCGAUUCCUGCAUCGGCAACAAGCAGAAGGCCGUCAAGUCCUGCCUGGUGUGCCAGGCCUCCUUCUGCGAGCUGCACCUCAAGCCCCACCUGGAGGGCGCCGCCUUCCGCGACCACCAGCUGCUCGAGCCCAUCCGGGACUUCGAGGCCCGCAAGUGCCCCCUGCACGGCAAGACCAUGGAGCUCUUCUGCCAGACCGACCAGACCUGCAUCUGCUACCUUUGUAUGUUCCAGGAGCACAAGAACCACAGCACCGUGACGGUGGAAGAGGCCAAGGCCGAAAAAGAGACAGAGCUGUCACUGCAAAAGGAACAGCUGCAGCUGAAAAUCAUUGAGAUUGAGGAUGAAGCUGAAAAGUGGCAAAAGGAGAAGGACCGCAUCAAGAGCUUCACCACCAAUGAGAAAGCUAUCCUGGAGCAGAACUUCCGGGACCUGGUGCGUGACCUGGAGAAGCAAAAAGAGGAAGUGAGGGCUGCCCUGGAGCAGCGGGAGCAGGAUGCUGUGGACCAAGUGAAGGUGAUCGUGGAUGCCCUGGACGAGAGGGCCAAGGUGCUUCAUGAGGACAAGCAGAUCCGGGAGCAGCUUCAUAGCAUCAGCGACUCGGUGCUAUUUCUGCAGGAAUUUGGUGCUUUGAUGAGCAAUUACUCUCUCCCCCCACCCCUACCCACCUAUCAUGUCCUGCUGGAGGGAGAGGGCCUGGGGCAGUCACUGGGCAACUUCAAGGACGACCUGCUCAACGUGUGCAUGCGCCAUGUUGAGAAGAUGUGCAAGGCUGAUUUGAGCCGUAACUUCAUUGAGAGGAACCACAUGGAGAACGGCGGUGACCAUCGCUACAUUAACAACUACACAACCAGCUACGGGAGCGAGUGGAGUGCGCCCGACACCAUGAAGAGAUACUCCAUGUACCUCACACCCAAGGCGGGCGCUCGGACCUCCUACCAGCCGGGGUCCCCCAGCCGCCUCUCCAAGGAGACCAAUCAGAAGAACUUCAACAACCUUUAUGGCACCAAAGGUAACUACACCUCCCGGGUCUGGGAGUACUCCUCCAGCAUUCAGAGCUCCGAUGACCUGCCCGCAGUCCAGGGCAGCUCCUCCUUCUCCCUGAAAGGCUAUCCCUCCCUCAUCCGCAGCCAGACCCCUAAGGCCCAGCCCCAGACUUGGAAAUCCGGCAAGCAGUCUGUGCUGCCUCACUACCGGCCGUUCUACGUCAACAAAGGCAACGCGAUGGGCUCUAAUGAGGCCCCCUGA